AAUGAGAGAGAGAGAGAGAGAGACGGAGUGAGAAAAAGAGUGCGAGAAAGUGGGUGUGUGUGAGAGAGAGUAAGAGUAGGAAGGAAAGGCAAAUCUGCUCAUGCUGUGUUGGACUCCUCAGAGCUCCGGUAUCAACUCUUCAAGUGUGUUUUAAUGCGUUAGUGGGUUGGGUUUUUUUGUUGUUGUUAAUAUUAAUGUUAGUGUUCUUUUUAAUAAAGCAUGAUUGGUUAAUUUUUUCAUUUUGCUGUGAGGUACUGUCCUCAUGUCCACACGAGCACUUUGGAUUACAGUCGUCUCUCAAAAAAACAAAAAUACACAGCAUGGAUAUGAAAGAGGAAAGAAUGGAGCCGUUUUUCUGUGAGACAGUGGAGCAAAUCAACAACCAGAGGCUUGAUUCAGCAGUCAACCCUUAAGCAAGGUUAUAAGAGGCUUUUAUCUCCAGUUUCUAGAUUUACACCAUGAGGAAACAGACUCGCCACGUCUUGCUGGCCUGCGUGGUCUUCAGCACUAUCACAGUGUUCUAUCUCAGCCUUAGUGCCAUGGAAUGCCCAAACUCCCAAUCUAGGACCAGUGCUUGGGCUGCAUGGGCAGCUAGCCAGCGUCUGGGCAAGAAUCUCAGUUACGCUCUGCCUAUGCCUAUAGAAUACAGUGAAGACACUCCUUUGAUUUUUAUUGGUGGUGUCCCUCGUAGUGGUACUACUCUAAUGCGGGCCAUGCUGGAUGCGCACCCUGAGGUGCGCUGUGGAGAAGAGACACGCGUCAUCCCCCGUUUGUUAGCCAUGCAGGCUAGCUGGAGCCGCUCAUCUCGUGAAAGGAGUCGCUUGAUCGAGGCUGGUGUCACAGACGAGGUCCUGGACUCCGCUGUCCGGUCCUUCCUCCUGGAGAUAAUUGUGGGUCAUGGUGAACCGGCCCCACGCCUCUGUAACAAGGACCCUUUUGCUCUGAAGUCUCUCGGGUACCUCUCCAAACUCUUUCCACAUGCCAAAUUUGUGCUGAUGCUGCGUGAUGGCCGGGCCACGGUUCAUUCCAUGAUAUCGCGUAAGGUGACCAUCACAGGAUUUGACCUGACGAGUUACCGGGACUGUCUGGUGAAAUGGAACCGAGCAGUGGAGGUCAUGUAUGAACAAUGCCAGGCUGCGGCAGAGGGGACCUGUCUGCCUGUGCACUACGAACAGCUGGUGUUAAAUCCAGAGGAAGUGAUGCGAAAACUGCUUCAGUUCCUGGAGCUGCCCUGGGACCAGGCCGUACUGCACCAUGAGCAGCUGAUUGGGAAAGCUGGAGGAGUGUCUCUGUCUAAAUUGGAACGGUCAACUGACCAAGUAUUUAACCCGGUGAACACAAAAGCCCUGUCUAAGUGGGUGGGACACAUUCCUGAUGAUGUAGUGAAGGACAUGGAUAGCAUAGCUCCCAUGCUGAAGCGUCUGGGUUACGACCCUCAGGCUAACCCUCCGGACUACGGCAAGCCUAAGCUCUUACCCCCGCACAGCACGCAUCAGCAUAGAGGAGCUAAAGAAAAGACAGAUGUUUAUCAUCCUAGUUAAUCCAUGAUGGAGCAUCUUGAUUCAUGUUUCACAAACUGAUGAAUUCCACCUUCACGGUUUAUAUGUUGAUGAAAUUUGCAGGACACUUGAACAUAGCAUUAGAUUGGACUUUUUUGACUGCUGAGCAUCACUGUUCAUUUGUUAAAGUGUCUGUCAAAGAAAAUAAAUAUUUAUUUUAAAAAUAA